CUUUUGUACUACUGCACAACAGGUGUUGCCUAGUCCGCCAUGAUACUUUAAUGAGUGAAAUGGUUUGAACGAUUUAUCGGGAUACUUUUAUAGAUCUGUUAUAUGGAAUUUGUAUUUUUAAAAUAACUGCCUGUGUACAUUUUAGCGAGAAAAAUACAAUAUGGAGAAUGUGGGAUAUCCUCAUGCUAUACGCAGAGACAGUGACGUGUGCAAUCGAUUUCACAAUUUAAAAGAUGAACAACAAAGAAUACAAAUAAAGACUUUUACUAAUUGGAUUAAUGCUACUUUAAGUAAGAACAACAAUGACCAGCGUAAAGUAACAGACUUAAUGUCAGAUAUCAAAGAUGGUGUGAUCCUCCUCAACAUCUUAGAAACCCUCACCAAUAGCAAGCUGACUAAAGAGAUGCCAAAAUCUACAAGAAGACCGUUACAGAUUAAUAAUGUAUCAACAGCUUUAAACUAUCUCAGAAGAAGAGGAAUGAAACUGGUGAAUAUAAACUGUACAGAUAUUGUAGACGGUAAACCUUCAAUAGUUCUGGGUCUCGUCUGGAAAAUAAUCUUACAUCUUCAGAUACAAAAUACAUUGUCAAGAAGACUAAGGCGGACUAACAGCCAAGACAUAGGAAAACUUCUUACAAGAAGUACUUCAUUAGAAGCUAAAGAUUUUGGUAAGAGCUGGCGAAAUGGAGAAUUGUUUAAUAAACUGAUAAACAGAAUCAAACCAGGUGCUAUAGUUGAACAAAAAAUACAGCCUGAAAAUGUUCGAGAAAAUCUUCAAAAUGCGUUUAAAAUUGCUGAAAGAGAACUUGAUAUUCCUCAACUGUUAGACCCAGAUGAUGUCGAUGUAGAGAAACCCGAUGAAGUUUCAAUUAUUACUUAUGUUGGUGAAUUUAUUAAAAAAUAUCCUGACGAAGUUGAUGUUUGUUUGAAGGAGAGACUGCUUACCCGCGCACGGAGGUUGAGCUACAGUCAUGGAGAUUCAUCGCUUGAUCUGGUUCGUGUUAAGCCAUUGGAUGAAGCGUCUGGAAAACCAUGCCAAGAGACCCGAACAAUUCCAUAUAUUUGUGUUCUGGUAUUUGUAAUAUUAUAUAAAUGUAUCUGGUAUAUUUUCAUCUUUUUCAUCAUUCACAACACAUUUUUACGUUCAUCAUAACCCGGUUUGUUUGAUUGUUACUUCACAAUGGUGUCUAAAUGGGAUCGCUAAUAUAGCUAGUAUCAUAGAUGGAAUUACAUAUAUACUGAUGUCAUACAUCUCACAUGCCGUUUCAAGUUUUUCUGAGCCUGGUCAUUUCGACAGAAUCUAAUAGUGUCCAAUUUGAAUUUUUUUAAAAUUAUACAUCAGAGAUCGGGAUUUAUUAUUAGAAUACAAGCUUACAUAUUUUCGUUUAUUUCGUUUUGUAAGUAGAUAUGGACCUAUAUAAAUUAUAUCCCGAUUAUAUCAAUUCGAAAGUGAACCCAUUCCAUAAAACAAAACAUCAGAAUCGAAUCGAUCCCCUGGGAAUAUAACUACGUCAGAUAUUGAUUUGGCCGAGGCUACCAAAUUAGAAUUAAUUCAUAUGGCAGGUCCCUGUCUUUUACAUAUUCAUUUUUCCUUCAAAUUGAUAAGUCAUAAUGAAAUGUGUUUUUAAUUUUGUCUGGUUAUUUGUAUUUUAACUGUUUAUUUUCUCUCAGUUCAUUUAUCGAUUUUUGUUAGCAGAUGUAGAUUAAUCUACAUAGAGGUGACCGAGGACUUGUAGUAUAUUAUUAAAAUGUUAUUGGUAUUUUUGUAAUAGUUUAAUAGAUUAAUUUUUUAAAAGUAAACUCACUCUGAUAGUUAGUUGACCUUGCUUUAUUAGUCUUAUUCUCGUUGAGGGUGAAGGUCUAAUUGUGAAAAAUAUAAAAUUUACAGAUUUGAAGCUGAGUGACACGGAAUCUAUUUUUGAUAUAAGACACCACACCAAGUUUAGUUUUGUUUGGUGCCCUGACCAGUCAUUAAGACAGACAAGAUGUCUUUCUAACAAUCUUGUGGAAUGUAGUACAGUAACCCUAUAGCUCUAACUUAAUCAUUAACUUAUCUUAUUAGUAUGUCCCGUUGUUACGUAUUUUCAGAAUUAGGGGAAAAUCUACGAAUUUAGAAUUUAUAUAUUUUUAUUAGCUUAUUUUUGCAUACCUUGUUAUAAUAUUUAUGAAUAAUAAAUAAAUUAUUUUUAUGAUCCAAAGACUGGAUC